AUGGGUCCUUCACAUGAGUUUGACGAAAUACGACGACAAGAAUGUGUCCAAAGUUGGUUAGUGUCUGUGCUUGGGGAGAAUCCGAUGGGCAAAGUGACUUCAUUCAGCCUUGAUUACGGCCAAGGAAGCACAACAGAAUCACCGUUGCUCCGGAAUAAUCGAGGGCCUCAUCGUCGACCGGGGAGCUCGGAGGAGGUUUUUGCUGAGUUGGUCGCAACAUUUUCGCUGCUCCCAAUCGAGUCUCUGGCGCUCCUCUCCUCCGGUUGGAAACUGGCAUCGGAAGGCCUCACUUUGGUUGACAGCUCCUCCUGUCCAUGGCUUGGCUUCGCAGAACUCGCCUCGGUUUCUGCUAAAAAAGAGAGGAAAUAUGCAAUUAGUCUGUCCUCUUUCCAAACUGUAGCUCAUGUCUAG